AUUUUGGCCUAUAUUAUUCAUUAAUCAUUACUCAAUGAUCUUCUCAACAGUCCAGGGCUCGUUACCCGCCCCUAUCUCAGAAUGGCCAUUUCGAGUAGGCCAUGUGAGUAAAAAUGCAUUCUUUUUAAGAAAUUGUGAACAUAUAGGAAGCAGAAGAUGGGGGACGCUUAUAUGAAGUUUAUCUCAAAAGGGAAGGGCCCCUCCCAUCCCACUUGGCAGUUGGGACUUGGGGGUUGAUGAUAAUUAAUCACUUCAGUUAUUGUCCCUCUUCACGGUUUGCAGUCUAGAAAUAGCAUGCACCGCCAUUACAUUAUUAUUAUUAUUAUGGGCAACUACUUCAUUGAUGGCGUAAAAAAUAAAAGGAAAUGGAAAUGCUAUUCCAGAGAAGGGAAAACUAAGGUAAACAGUACCCUGUACGGGCGAUUUGAUCUUGUCUCUUGGAUCGAUCAUUGGUGAUAACUCGUUACUUUCGGUAGCUGGACCGUCCAGCCUGGACAUGCGUACAAGCUGUUUGAUAGGAUGUCAUUGAAUGCUCCUGCAAGUUAGUAGAUGCCAAAAAAUGAACUUUUGUACACCCUUUCCGUUAAAAACAUUUUAUUCUUUAAUUUUUCUAACACUUCAGAACCAAGAGAUAAUUUACUGCAAUUUCAUUUAGUGUCCUUUUCAAGUUAGAUUUUGAAUUAAUUGCAUGCAAUAAAAACGUUGCUUGUAGGGAUGGAGAGAUGAUACUGUUGACAAGCAAGUCUAUGGACACACAGCAUGAGUGUUCUGCGAAGUUAAUGAACUCACCUAAAAACAGCUGACCUGGUAAGCUGAUAUAAAAAUGAAUCUUUUUUUCAUUUCUUUUCUGCGAAUGCACAAAAUCCUGCUAUGUCCUGUUCUUAAGGUCUUAAAGUUCUAAUGGAGAUUAAUGAUUCUCAUUCAAGAAGCGGAAGCUUCAGAGUAAACAGCUCAUCCAUAUGGAGGAACAAUGGGACUGAUGCUUUUGUGAAGUCAUCGAGGAAGGAAGAUGAUGAGGUGGCUCUUAUGUGGGCUGCCCUUCAGAGAGUUCCGACCUAUGACCGCCUAAAGAAGGGAUUGAUUACUGGGUUACUAGGUGAGACCAGUGAAGUUGAUAUUAAGAACAUAGGAUGUGAUGAAAAGAAAAAAAUCCUUGAGAGGUUAAUCAAAGUCCCUGAAAGAGAUAAUGAGAAGUUCUUAUUGAAACUUAAGGAACGCAUUGACAGGGUCUCCAUUGAUAUCCCUUCAGUUGAGGUCAGAUUUGAGCAUUUAAAUGUGGGUGCUGAAGCUUAUGAAGGAAAAAGAGCUUUGCCUUCUAUCACGAACCUUUCAUUAAACAUACUGGAUGUAAUAUUGAAUUGUCUCCACCUACCAACAAAGAAGAAACAUGUUUCUAUUCUUCGUGAUGUUAGUGGAAUCAUCAAGCCUGGCAGACUGACAUUGCUCCUAGGGCCUCCAAGUUCGGGGAAGACCACUCUUCUGCUGGCAUUGGCAGGGAAACUUGAUCCUAGUUUAGAAUUUUCUGGAAGAGUUUCUUACAAUGGGCAUGAGAUGAAUGAAUUUGUGCCCAUGAGGACUGCUGCUUACAUCAGUCAACAGGAUGUCCAUUUUCCAGAAAUGACUGCCCGAGAAACACUGGCAUUUUCUGCAAGAUGUCAAGGUGUUGGCUCCAGAUAUGAAAUUUUAGCAGAGUUAUCUAGAAGAGAAAAAGCUGCAAAUAUUAUACCUGACCGUGAUAUAGAUAUUUUUAUGAAGGCUGCUGCAACAGACGGUCAGGAAGCAAAUGUGGUUGUAGAUUACAUCAUCAAGAUUUUGGGGCUUGAAGGCUGUGAGGAUACAAUUGCAGGAAAUGAAUUGUUUAGGGGCAUGUCAGGAGGAGAGAGAAAGCGGCUCACUGCAGGAGAAAUGCUUGUGGGGCCAGCCAACGUUUUCUUGAUGGAUGAAAUAUCAAGUGGUCUAGACAGUUCAACUACAUUCCAAAUCAUAAAAUCCAUCAAACAAUAUGUACACACUCUCAGUGGGACUGCUGUCAUUUCUCUUCUUCAGCCUGCACCAGAAUGUUAUGACCUGUUUAAUGAUUUAAUACUCAUAUCGGAAGGCCAGAUUGUCUAUCAGGGUCCUUGUGACAAUGUGCUUGAAUUUUUUGAAUAUCAAGGGUUUAGAUGUCCUGAAAGAAAAGGAGUCGCUGACUUCUUGCAAGAAGUAACAUCAAGGAAAGAUCAAAUGCAGUAUUGGGUCCAUAAGGACAAACCUUACAGGUUUGUGACAGUUAGGGAAUUUUCUGAGGCAUUUCAGUCUUUUCAUAUUGGUCGCAAGUUAGGCGAUGAACUUGCUAUUCCAUUUCCAAAGAUAAAAAGUCACCCUGCUGCUUUGACUACCAAAAGAUAUGGUGUCAGUAAGAUGGAGCUCUUGAAAUCUUGUUUUUCGAGAGAAGUUCUGCUGAUGAAGAGAAACAGGAUUCUUCACAUAUUUGGAUUUUCUUGGGUGACACUUUUGGCGCUUAUUACAAUGACACUGUUCAUAAGGACCAAUAUGGAUCGAGACUCGCCAAUUGGUGCACAGAUUUACCUGGGCUCCCUCUUCUGGACUCUUAGUAUCUUCAUGUUUAGUGCAUUACAAGAGUUAGCUCCAACUAUUUUUCGUCUUCCAGUUUUCUACAAGCAAAGGGAUCUUUUGUUUUAUCCUGCUUGGGCCUAUGCUUUACCUACAUGGAUCCUCAGGAUUCCAUUAUCAGUCGUAGAAGUUUCUGCCUGGGUAUUUUCUACAUACUAUGUCAUUGGCUAUGAUCCAGAUGCUGGAAGGUUAUUCAAGCAAUGGAUUUUAAUCAUAAUUUACCGACAACUUUCUUCUGUGUUAUUUAGAUGUGCUGGGGUAAUAGGUAGGAGUAUGACCAAUGCGUUUGUAGUUGGUUCAUUCCUAAUGCUUAUGCUCUUUGCCUUGGGUGGUUUUAUCUUGUCACGAGAUGAAGUCAUGAAAUGGUGGCUCUGGGGUUAUUGGAUAUCUCCGAUGAUGUAUGCUCAAAAUGCUAUCGCCGUAAAUGAAUUCCUUGGAAAAAGUUGGGAUACUGUCCUUCCAUUUUCAUCAGAACCAUUUGGUGUUCUAGUAUUGAAGUAUCGUGGUCUUUUCCCAGAGGCACAUUGGUACUGGCUUGGACUUGGGGCGCUGCUUGGAUUCACAAUUAUUUCAGUCUUGGUUUACAUUCUAGCUUUGACGAACCUAAGACCAUUGUCACCACCUCAUGCUAUUCAGUCACCAGAAUCACAUAGCAAUGAUCAUGAUGUGAGUAGUAGAGGAUCUUCUCAGGUCAAGAGUGGGACCGGUAACAGGAAUUGUGGGAUGAUUCUUCCAUUUGAGCCACACUCAAUUGUGUUUAAUGAAGUUAAAUAUUCUGUAGACAUGCCACAGGAGAUGAAGAUUGAAGGAGUGGUGGGUGGUUCUCUUGAGCUUUUGAAAGGUGUCAGUGGGGCUUUCAGGCCAGGUGUUCUGACAGCUCUUAUGGGAGUCAGUGGUGCAGGUAAAACCACAUUAAUGGAUGUUCUUGCUGGGAGGAAAACGGGUGGGUAUGUUGAAGGGGAAAUUAAAGUAUCUGGCUUUGCAAAGAAGCAGAAAACAUUUGCCCGCAUUUCUGGAUACUGUGAGCAAAAUGACAUCCACUCUCCUCACCUCACAGUGUAUGAAUCCUUGACCUUUUCUGCCUGGCUUCGCUUACCAUCAGAAGUCGAUUCAGAAACUAGAAACUUAUUCAUGAUGGAGGUUAUGGAGUUAGUUGAGCUUACCUCUUUGAGAGAUGCAUUAGUCGGUUUACCUGGGGUGAAUGGUCUAUCAACUGGACAACGGAAAAGGCUCACUAUUGCUGUUGAAUUGGUGGCUAAUCCUUCAAUUAUAUUCAUGGACGAGCCGACAUCUGGUCUUGAUGCAAGGGCUGCUGCAAUUGUCAUGAGGACAGUUCGGAACAUUGUUGACACUGGUAGAACUAUUGUCUGUACUAUCCACCAGCCAAGCAUUGACAUAUUUGAAGCUUUUGAUGAGUUGCUCCUAAUGACACUUGGGGGACAAGAAAUCUACGUUGGCCCAUUAGGCCAUCAUUCUUGCCAUUUAAUAAGUUAUUUUGAGAGUAUUGAAGGCAUAAAAGAAAUAAAGAAUGGUUAUAAUCCUGCCACGUGGGUGCUGGAAAAUACAACACGCGAAAGGGAAGUAGCUCUGGGGAUUAAUUUCAAUGAGAUUUACAGAAAAUCUGAACUGUACCAGAGAAACAUGGCUUUGGUAAAAGAACUGAGCACACCUCCUCUUGGUUCAAGGGAUAUAAAGUUUCCAACCGAAUACUCACAGUCUUUCUUGACUCAAUUCAUAGCUUGCCUCCAGAAACAAAGAUGGUCCUACUGGCAUAACACAUCGUACACUGCCCUCAGGGCCUUUUUCACUAUUGUUAUUGCAUUGAUGUUCGGGACAAUGUUCUGGGACCUUGGUGGAAGAAGGAGUAAGGCACAAGAUUUGUUCAAUGCCAUGGGUUCCAUGUAUGCAGCUGUUCUGUUUAUUGGGUGUCUAAAUGCAUUCAUUGUUCAGCAAGCGGUUGCAGUAGAGCGGACAGUGUUUUAUAGAGAAAAAGCUGCAGGGAUGUAUUCUGCCUUGCCUUUUUCAUUUGCAAUGAUUGUGGUUGAGUUACCAUAUAUUUUGAUACAAGCACUCAUAUAUGGAGCCACGGUAUACUCUAUGAUUGGAUUUGAGUGGACGGUCCGGAAGUUUUCGUGGUAUCUUCUCAUCAUGUUCUUGACGUUCUUGUACUCGACUUUCCUGGGCAUGAUGUCAGUGGCCAUGACCCCAAACCUGGAGGUUGCAUCCAUCAUGGCAACUGGAUCGUUUGGAAUCUGGAACCUGUUCUCGGGAUUCUUGAUUCCCCGACCUCGUGCUCCAGUUUGGUGGAGGUGGUAUUUUCGAUUGUCACCGGUUCAAUGGACGCUGUACGGGCUGGUGGCGUCGCAGUUUGGGGAUUCACAGGAUGUUUUGGAGACGUUCGAAACAGUGGAGAGCUUCUUGAAACAUUAUUUAGGUUUUAGGCGCGAUUUUGUUGGAGAAACUGCAGCUGUACUCUCUGGUUUUGUGCUUCUCUUUGCAGUAUUGUUUGCUUUGGCCAUGAAGAUGCUCAAUUUCCAGAAGAGAUAAUAGAUCGAUUUGACUAUGACCAGCUUGAAUAAGCAGAUCAAGUCCAAAUAUACAAGCCCAUACAAACUGUAAUAAAGCAGAUGGAAUUGUUAGAACUUAGAAUUCUGGAUAUAAACAUAUACUCCAAUAGUCCAAUUUAUAUUUGACAAUUUUUGUUUUGGAAAAUGUUAUUAUGUGCCCAUUUUUUGUCAAACUGUGAAUAUAUCACGAUCUCCAUGUGUAAACAGUUGUGUAAUAUGUGCCUAUUUGUUGUCCCCAAUGGCUAUUUCUAUUUUUUUCCUUUUCC